AUGGAGGGUUGUCCGUACACGUGCGACAUUGUCGAGAGAAGUGACUACGAUGGUGAGCGACUUCCUUCUGCGUAUAUAUUUCAUGGGCGAAAUAUAUUAGCAUGUGACUUGCCUGAGCGAUAUUCUCAUCAGCUGAUGGUGCUUCUAUUAUUUGAACCUCCGCCCAACGCCGGCAUCUUUCGUACAGAGCUUCCUGUCGAUUAUUUCAACGCAACGAUGACUUACAGAAACGAUUCUGAUUAUCCGUAUCCUUACGGCAUAUUUGUAAAACGUACGGGAAACGACAUUAGAGAGACGGUUAUUACAAAGGAAGAGAUGAGUUUCCCCACUUUUGGCAGAUGA